CAAAGAUCAAAAAACUAUCUGGAUUACAAUAGAUCAUAUUAAAAAGAUCAGAUAUUAGACAUUGGAGAUUUGUCUCGCGUGUAGCGGUUGUUACAGAAUGUAGAUGUACUCCGUCAUUCGUAUUCGUUAUGUUGUCUCCUGACGUCUGCCCGUAAUUUUCAGAACAGUAAAGUUUAACAAUGACCAAGUCAGAUGCUUUAGAAUUUGCGAAACAGAUAGCUUGUAACUCAGCUAUUUCUGAUUGGCUUAAAGAUAAUCAGAUUAUUGGGCUUGGAAGUGGCACAACAAUCAAAUACGCUGUUGAGUACAUUGCUGAUAAAGUGAAAAAAGAAAACCUACAGAUUCAGUGUAUACCAACUUCAUUUCAGGCCAGACAACUUCUGAUCAACCAUAAAUUGCCAGUGACAGACCUUGAUGUAUGUGAACAGAUUGAUGUAACUUUCGACGGGGCAGAUGAAGUAGAUGAACAUCUUCAUUUAAUCAAAGGCGGCGGUGGCUGUUUACUCCAGGAAAAAAUUGUCGCUUCUUGUACUAAAGAUUUUAUAGCUAUUGUCGAUGAACGGAAACACUCAAAGAAACUAGGCUCAUAUUGGACUAAAGGCUUACCAAUCGAGGUAGUUCCAAUGGCUUUCAAACCGGUACAAACAAGAAUACAGAAAUUAUUUGGUGGACAAGCGAUUCUACGAGAAGCCGUUUCAAAGAUGGGUCCAGUUGUAACAGAUAAUGGAAACUUUUUAUUAGAUUGGAAAUUUGACACAAAUAAACAAUAUUAUUGGCCAGAUAUAAAUGUUCAACUGUCACAAAUACCUGGUAUUGUUGAUACUGGCCUAUUUAUCAAUAUGACAAGUAGAAUUUAUAUUGGUAAUUUAAAUGGUACAGUAACAAAAUUAGAAGGGAAAUCAUCUAACCAACAUACGUUAAACAAUAUCAGUAAUUUCUAAUUCAUUAUAUAUCUACCUACCUACUUAUCUACUAUUGAUAUACUUAUCCUAUUUUGUUCUACUUUCACUCAGGGUUUAAAUUAAUUAUCGUUAUUAUUUUUGUUUUUGUAUUGUUUUGUUGUUCUUUUUUUCAUAAAUGCAAAGAAAAGUACUAUCGUUGUAUAUUUUCAUUGUUAUUCCACUUAUAAUAUCUAGUUGGAUAGUAAUAUCGACAAGAAACACUGAUUGACUUAGGUCUCAUGUUAGUUGACAUUUAACAGACAUGACGUACUUGUUAUCUUAAAGUUAAAGUUUCAGAUCUGCAUCAUCCAGUUUAAUUGUUUGAGAUGUUACCAUUGAUCUAUUCAAGUCAAGAUUUAUCAAGUUCACCGGAGAAAAAAUAAAUAAAACAACAUGGAAAUGUUUAAAGUAUAUUGGUAAAU